AUGCAGUCUGUCCUCGCCGGCCUUGGCGCAGUGGCUGGUCUUGGAAGUCGUGGCUUUUCCACUUCCAUUGCACAACCUUGCGAAACUGCAUAUGCAAAUCGAUUCCCUUCCAUUCUGUGCAUCCAGAAUUAUGGCGCAGUUCUACCAGAGGGAUUUGAAAGACCAAUUGCGUCUACACCAGGCCACACAGAUACAUAUGGCUCAACGAAUGUUCCGAAUGAUUCAACUUUUGAGCUCAUUUCUGGGGCCAGCUUUCUCAUCUGGGAUCUAGAGCAAAGUUUAGACAUCUUGGGUCCGAACCCCAGUGUGGAAGACUUUUUCGAGGUCGGCAACAUUCCUCAUGAAGGUGUCGUCUGGGAGCCCGACCUGAACAUUCUGCUCUUCUCGCCUCUCAGACCGCCGCCAACUGUACUCAAGAUUGAUCUGAACCAAGAUCCGCCAACCUUGAGUAACAUUACCACUGAUCCUCCGCUAUUUGGUAUUGGGGCUGCCUACCACAAGGGACUGAUCUAUUAUUGCGGUUCUGCGACAAGCACUGGAGACUACGUGGGUGGUCUCUAUGCAUACAAUGCAACCAGUAACAAAGUUUGGCCAAUCGCGAACAACUAUUUUGGCUACAACUUUGGUACGUGCGAUGAUCUAGCAGUUGCGCCCAACGGUGAUAUCUGGUUCACCGAUAACUGGUACAGCUAUGCCCUGGAAGAACUCCACCAAAACAACACUCUGCAGCUGGAGCCUGCCGUCUACCGCUACGUCCCGUCGACGGGCCUCGUGCAGCUCGUGACGGACGAGCUCGAGCAGCCCAACGGCAUUGCAUUUUCGCCCGACGGCAAGACCGUGUACAUGACGGACAGCGGCGCCGACACCAUCACCAACGAGGACCGCACGCUGCGCUACGUGUCGCGCCUGCGCCGCACCGUCUACGCGGCCGACGUGCUGCCCUCGGGCACGGGCAUCGUCAACCGCCGGGCUAUUUUCCUGGCUCAGGACCGCGUGCCCGACGGCAUAAAGGUGGCGCGCAACGGCUAUGUGGUGGUCGCUACUGGGUCCGGUGUCGAUGUCUUGGAUCCCGCUGGCAUUCCUGUGCUUAGGAUACAGACUGAUUUUACUGUGCUCAACAUUGUGUGGGCUGGCCAGGAGCAUACUGACUUGUGGAUGGUUGGCUAUCAAAAGGUUGCUCGUGUCAAGUGGGCACUGGAGGGAAAUGUGCUUGUCAGAUAA